AUGCAAAGCUUCAAGAUGAUCCGAAGUAUUGCUCUUUGCAGUGUCACAGCCCUUCUUCUUCACCUUCCAAGCAGUCAUGGGUUUACUGUUCUUCCAUCCGUAGGGAGAACGCCAACUCAAGUUUCCAUGCCAGGAGUUGCAACGACCACCACCAGUUUAAAAAUGUCUGAUUUUGGAAGUGAUUUCGCAUCGGCCAUGCCCGAAAAGCCAACGUUGACAGUGGACGAGCGAAUUGCGCAAGCCGCAGAUGAAACAAUUGCCACUCUUUCCAGUGCGCUCGGUGAAGGAGUGGAGGAACCACCCGAAUUAGGAAAAUUGCGAGAUGCAAGAAAGAAUGGAGCUCCCACCAAUGAGUUAGCACUGCUGGUAUACGAAUUGAUGAUUGAGAGGGGCAUGCUUUACGACGAAGAACCAGAAACAGGAACAUUGACUCCCACCAAUUUCAACAUCAAGGAGGGCCUCGACAUUCCAGAGGUAAAGGCUGAAUUUGGUCAUUUGUACAAGUACGGUAUGGCCAUGAUGAAAACAGGAUUGUUGACAGCUGAUCAAGUCAAGGAGACUGUGCUCGAGAGGCUGAUCAAGCGAACAGGACUGGAACCAGAAGAAUUCGACAAGUGGCUGGGAUACUAA